AUGGAGGCAUUGUCAUUCUCUCUCGCCCGAAGGCCUCUUCUUUAUCAUCAUGAUCGUUUCCACAACUUAGCCCUCCAAUCCUUUCUUGGCAACUCCAAAAGAAAGGAACAUAUAACCAAAACACGAUUUCCUGGCAAGCCCUUCAUCAUCAUUAAUGCCAAUUUGUCCAAACCAGCUGCUACAAAGCAGGUAGCCUCCAUAGCCUAUUCAUCAUCUUCUUCGGCCAUAACCUCACCACCAGAAGAUCCAAUAUUAGCUUUGCCUACUACUUUCCAUCCUCCUCCUCAUCUCCUCAAGGUCUCUUCUAAUUCCCUACAAUGGCCACCAGGUUACCUUGGGGUAGCACCAGACCUCCAUGACAAUGAUGGUGAUGAUAGCAUAAAUAUCAACGCCAUGGAUUACUUGUCUAGUAUACUUUCUUCUAAGGUCUAUGAUGUCGCUAUUGAAUCGGCAUUGCAAUUGGCACCAAAGCUGUCAGAAAGAUUAGGAGUCAAUAUUUGGCUCAAAAGAGAGGAUUUACAGCCGACUUUCUCAUUCAAGCUUCGUGGAGCUUAUAAUAUGAUGGCAAAACUUGGCAAGGAAGAACUGGAAAAAGGGAUAAUUUGUUCAUCAGCUGGAAACCAUGCUCAAGGUGUUGCAUUAUCUGCCAAGAGAUUGAACUGCAGUAAUGCUGUGAUUGCUAUGCCUAUAACCACUCCUGAAAUCAAGUGGCGAUCUGUUGAGAAGCUGGGUGCCACAGUUGUUUUGGUUGGGGAGUCUUAUGAUGAAGCACAAUCAUAUGCCAAGAAACGAGCCAAAGAAGAGAGUCUAACAUUCAUACCCCCUUUUGAUCAUCCUGAUAUCAUAAGUGGUCAGGGAACCAUCGGUUUGGAAAUUUUGCGCCAAAUACAAAGUCCACUGCAUGCAAUUUUUGUGCCAGUCGGAGGUGGUGGUCUCAUAGCCGGUAUUGCUGCUUGUGUCAAGCCGGUUUUUCCACAGUUAAAGAUUAUUGGAGUGGAGCCAAACGAUGCAAAUGCGAUGGCAUUGUCACUACACCAUGGCCAGAGAGUGGCGUUGGAGAAGGUAGGAGGAUUUGCAGAUGGUGUGGCUGUUAAACAAGUUGGUGAAGAAAAUUUUCGCUUAUGCAAGGAAUUAAUAGAUGGCAUAGUUCUUGUCAGCCAUGAUUCAAUUUGUGCCUCAAUAAAGGCCAUGUUUGAGGAGAAAAGGAGCAUAUUGGAGCCAGCAGGUGCUCUUGCUCUUGCUGGGGCUGAGGCAUAUUGCAGUUAUUAUGGUCUCAAGGAGGAACAUGUGGUGGCAAUAACCAGUGGGGCAAAUAUUAAUUUUGACAAAUUAAGGGGCGUCAUUGAACUUUCUAAUUAA